ACAAAUCUUACGUCAUUAUAACGAAGAGGAAAUUCCGACGCUAUCUGAGCAACGUCAAUUUUUAAUCGAUUCCUACAUUGUGUCAAAGCUUUCUACAGGCGGCACUUGGCAAUUUUAAAUUAUUGCUGAAAAUCGGAGCACAAGGCUCAUCUUCUGCAAAAAUACAGAGGUUGAAUCCACCAAACUUCUAGGAAAACACUUGCUGAUCCGGCUCCGCCGGCCAUUGGGUUAGUUCAUUUUUAGAGUAGGGUUGGUACUUAUACGUGAGAAUAAUUAUUUUGAUUUAUCUCAAUUAACAUGCUUAAACAUUUUAAAAUAUCAAUUGAAAAAUUAAUUUUAUUAAGCAUCAUAAUAUAAUAUGUUGCUCUUUCAAAAAUUUAUCAGAUAUUUUGUGUUUGUAAGCUGCCACACCUGUCCUGACCUGAUUACGAAUAUUCUAGCAUUUUUCACUUUGAGCUGACUUGUCCUUAAAAAUAAAUUAUUUGUCGCAAAACUGCAUCUAAUCUAUUUAGUCGACGCAAUUUUAAAUAUUGCUUAAAAUUUUGUAAUUUUAUUUCCGAUCAUUGGUCAGUAGGCUUUCCGUCUUCGAAUCCGCCAUUUUUAUUUCAGAAGCCGGCACGUUCCCUGUCGUUCGAAAGAAAAUUCGAUUACAGCCAGUUAGAUUUUGAUUUCGUCUUCAUAUGACUUCUAAGUUUUAACUGAAAGUGUAAAUUAUUUAGCUCCCGCUUUGUUAAGCUUGAAUACCUCUGUUACAUAUUAAUACGACAUAUUUUUUUUAUAUUUUUAGAUGUCUAACAGUAACGACCAGUCUCCACCGGCAAAAAGAACGAAAUUAGAUAUUGUUAGUCGAUAACUUCAUUUAAAUCGAUGAAAAAAUACAUCCUUUUAUAUUUUUGAUAGAUGAAUCAGAACAGUUCAAACGGCAUGGAAAUCGACGAGAGCUUAUAUUCUAGGCAGCUGUACGUUCUCGGACAUGAAGCAAUGAGAAGAAUGGCUCAAUCAAACGUUCUCAUAGCCGGGAUGCGAGGCCUUGGGGUUGAAAUAGCAAAGAACAUAGUUCUUGGAGGUGUAAAAGCCGUCACCAUUCAAGAUACUGGCAAAGCUCAAUGGGGUGAUUUAUCUUCUCAGUUCUUUUUGAGAGAAGAGGAUUUAGGAAAAUACAGAGUUGACGUGGUUCAACCUCGUUUAGCAGAAUUAAACAGUUAUGUUCCUAUUAGCAUUUACAAAAAGGAACUACAAGAGGAAUUUGUUUCUGAUUUCAACGUUGUCGUUCUAACUAACUCUAGCAUAGAGGAACAGCGUAAAAUAGCUGAUUUCUGCCAUACUAAAGAUAUCUGCGUCAUAAUUGCUGACACAAAAGGAUUAUUUGGGCAAAUAUUUUGUGAUUUUGGCAAAUCCUUUACUGUAUAUGAUGAUAAUGGUGAACAACCUCUCUCAUAUAUGGUGGCAAAUAUUGAGCAAAGCGAAUUAGGCGUCGUCACUUGUUUGGAUGAUCAGAGACAAGAAUUUCAAGAUGGUGAUUACGUAACGUUCACCGAGGUUCAUGGAAUGACCGAACUAAAUGAAUGCGAACCACGAAAAAUUAAAUGUUUAGGACCAUACACAUUCUCCAUAGGUGACACAUCGAAAUUCAGCAGCUAUAGUCGUGGAGGAAUCGUUAAACAAGUCAAAACAGCAAGAAAAAUAGAAUUCAAAAGUUUCAGUGAAUCUCUGAAGUCACCGGAAUUUGUCAUUUCCGAUUUCGCUAAAUUUGAUAGGCCAGCGCAGUUACAUGCAGGCUUUCAAGCUUUGCACAAGUUUGUUCAAAGCAAUCAAGCUUUACCAGGACCGAGAAACGAAAAAGAUGCCGAAAAAGUACUAAAUCUUGCAAAAGAAAUUGAUAGCGAAAAUGGAGCAGCCGAUAUAAUUAAAGAUUUAGCAAUGCAAGCCACAGGCGACCUCUGUCCAAUGCAAUCUGUGAUUGGUUCAAUUGCGGCUCAAGAAGUAAUGAAAGCUUGUUCUGGAAAGUUUAUGCCCAUAGUACAAUGGUUUUACUUUGACGCUGUUGAAUGUAUUCCUGCAGACACUGUUUUAACGGAAAAAGAUUGCAAGCCUAAAAAAUGCAGAUACGAUGGACAAAUCGCUGUGUUUGGUGAAAAGUUUCAAGAAAUUUUAGGAAAUCAAAAAUACUUUUUAGUCGGGGCAGGAGCUAUAGGCUGUGAAAUGCUUAAGAAUUGGGCAAUGAUUGGAUUAGCUUGUGGUUCCAAUGGCCAAGCUUGGGUCACUGAUAUGGAUAUUAUUGAAAGAUCUAACUUGAACAGACAGUUCUUAUUCAGACCAGAAAAUGUAGGAAAAACCAAGUCUGCAACAGCAGCUAAUGCUUGUAGUCAAAUGAAUCCGAAAUUUAACAUAUAUCCUCAAGAAAAUCGUGUUGGGCCUGAAACAGAAAAUAUUUAUACAGAUGACUUUUUUGAAAAUUUGGAUGGCGUUACUAAUGCUCUGGAUAAUGUAGACGCCAGAAUCUAUAUAGAUAGAAGAUGUGUAUACUAUCGUAAACCUCUCCUUGAAUCGGGUACAUUAGGAACGAAAGGAAACGUUCAAGUCGUUAUUCCUUGGGUUACUGAAUCCUAUUCAUCUUCUCACGAUCCGCCAGAAAAGUCUAUUCCAAUAUGUACUCUAAAAAAUUUUCCUAACGCUAUAGAACACACUCUACAAUGGGCUCGUGAUCAAUUUGAAGGAAUUUUCAAACAAGCCCCUGAGAGUGCUGAACAAUAUUUAAAGGACAGCAAAUUUGUUGAAAGAACUCUCAAAUUACCUGGGGUUCAACCAGCCGAAACAUUAGAAACUGUGAAGAAGUUAUUGGUUGAUGAACGCCCAGCUAAAUUUGAUGAUUGUAUUAUGUGGGCAAGAAAGUUGUUUGAAGAGAACUAUACAAAUCAAAUUAAACAACUAUUGUUCAAUUUCCCCGAAGAUUAUACGACUUCUUCGAAUACUCCAUUCUGGUCAGGACCUAAACGGUGUCCUCAUCCUAUUUUCUUUGAUGCGUCAAAUUCUGAGCAUCUUGAUUAUGUAGUAGCGGCCGCCAAUCUGAGAGCGGAAAUGUAUGGAAUGACUGAAAGGGCUGAUAGAAGUUAUAUUCAAAAGUAUGCCGAAAAGAUAAAACUUGUAGAAUUUGUUCCACGUAGUGGAAUUAAGAUAGCUACGACUGAUUCAGAAGCAGCAAGUGCUAAUGAUGAUGGAUGUGCUGAUGAAGAGGCCCUACAAAGACUGCUGAGUCAAAUUCCAAACUGUCAACAAUUAGACGGUUUACAAAUAAAAGCCAUUGAAUUCGAAAAGGAUGAUGAUACAAAUUUCCAUAUGGAUUUUAUUGUUGCCUGUUCUAAUUUGAGAGCUACAAAUUAUGAUAUUCCAACAGCGGAUAGACAUAAAUCGAAACUUAUAGCUGGUAAAAUCAUUCCAGCUAUUGCAACUACCACAUCUUUAAUUGUCGGUCUUGUUAUCCUGGAAUUGUAUAAGCUUGUUUCUGGACAAAAGAAAGUUGAACGUUUCAAAAACGGUUUUAUAAAUUUAGCUUUACCAUUCUUUGGAUUUAGCGAACCGAUAUGUGCACCUAAGGUGGAAUAUUAUGAUAAGGAAUGGACUCUUUGGGAUCGUUUUGAUGUUAAUGGAGAAAUGACUUUACGUGAACUUUUAAAUUAUUUCAUGGAUAAACAUGGACUGGAAGUAACAAUGCUUUCUCAAGGCGUCUCCAUGUUAUAUUCAUUUUUCAUGGCAAAAAACAAGAAGGAAGAACGUUUAGGAAUGCUUAUUUCGGAUGUUGUUCGCAAGGUUUCAAAAACGAAAAUUCCAACUCACGUAAAAGCACUUGUAUUGGAAAUUUGUUGUAAUGAUAGGGAUGGGAAAGAAAAAUUUUCUUUUCUUGCGGAAACGGAAAUUUUCGAAAGACUGGUUAACUUCUCUAAGUUGUCAUUUGCUGCUCUUCGUCAGAAGCAUACUCUUCCUGACCUUCCUUAUGAUUACAAUGCUUUGGAGCCAUAUAUUUCUGCAGAUAUCAUGCAGUUGCAUCACAGUAAGCAUCACGCUGCUUACGUAAACAAUCUUAAUAACGCAGAGGGGGCUAUUGAGGAAGCCAAAAGUAAGGGUGACUUGAACACCGUUAUUACUUUACAGCAAGUUCUAAAAUUCAAUGGAGGAGGUCACGUAAACCAUUCGAUUUUCUGGCAAAAUCUAAGUCCUAAUGGAGGUGAACCAACUGGAGAUCUUUUAGAAGCUAUAAAGAGGGACUUUGGAAGUGUUGAAAAAAUGAAAGCGGCUAUUAGUGCUUUAGCCGUAGGCGUCCAAGGAUCUGGUUGGGCCUGGUUGGGUUACAAUAAGGAUAGAGACCGUUUGUCAAUUGCCGCCUGCCCAAAUCAAGAUCCUCUACAGGCCUCUACUGGCCUGAUACCUUUGUUCGGUAUCGAUGUUUGGGAGCAUGCCUACUAUCUUCAAUACAAAAAUGUCCGACCCGAUUACGUCAAUGCUAUCUGGAAUGUUGCGAACUGGAAUGAUAUCGAAAAUAGAUACAAUUCCAACAGAAAGAUUGAAACUCGACAAUAA